AAUCAAUGUUUACAACGGCGAUAUCGAAAAAUCAGAAGCAUUUGAAAAUCUUUUAAAAUCAAUUUUCAUUCCAUCUGGAAAAAUACGAAUUAACGAAGACAGUAAAAGAACAGACAACUUUACUAAACAAGAUAGAAAAUAUAACAUACCAUUUCUAUUUUUCCAAUAUGAAAAUGGAAAUUUUGCAGAUAUAUUUUUCUUAAAUGAAGAUAAUAGCUCAUUUAUUAGGAAUUUUAAACGACAGUUGGCUUAUACAUUGGUUACUUCUUUAAAUGAAAAUGUAACUAAUGUUGCAGAAGAAACACCAUAUGGAAAUCAAAAGAUACAUUAUAACUCUGAAUCUGCAGAUGGUAUUGCAAGGGAAAUGUUUGGAUGGAAAUUUCAGAAACCGCUAUCUUCAAAUAAAAUUUUAGUAAAACAUUGGAUAGAUAGCAAAGAUAAUAUUGAGUAUGAUCAAGAAAAUACUUAUGAAUUUAAUAAUCAACACCAGUUUGAUUUUUGGUAUAUACAACUUCAACUCUUUCGAAAUGGGAAAAUGAUAGAAGCAAAAGGAAGAUGUUCCCAUGAAUUUUCCAAUUCAUUGGGAAAACUUCAAAUGCAAUUUAUAGAUAUUAAUAAAGAUGAAUUAAUAAGAGAUUUUAAAGUCCAGUCAACAUUUGUUUUCAAAUUGCGUAGCUACAAGAAACAUUCAAUUCCUGAAAAUAUAAGUAUAAAUUAUUUAAAAUCAGAAUUUCAAUUUUUAUCCAGUUCAUUAUUACCAGAAUAUGAAACAGGCAAGUGA